AUUUUUUAGGCAUUGUGUGGCGAACUUCGAUCGCUCAUUAUGUUGGCAUGAAACGGUAGCUGGCGAAGUAGCUCAGCGCAAGUGUCCGUUUUCUUACUGCUUGAAUGUGGACGGCUGUGAUGUAGUUGCAAAUAGCUACAGUGUUCAGCGUUUGUGCAAUGAAAACGGUAGCUGGGCAGAUCCAGUGUACGGGCAGUGCAUUGACGUCAUUAAACAUCAUCCGCAGUGCAUUGUUGGAUUUUGUAGGAUGUGUCCGGAUUUGCUUCGUGAAAUGGUGAUCAACGUUUCGUUAACGCUCAGCAUUUUAUCGGUUUCGCUGCUUGUUGCUGCACUAAUAUUAUUCAGUAUAUUUGAUUCAAUUCAGUGCCGACGCCUUUCUAUCCAUAAAAAUCUUGCAAGCGCUUUCGUCUUUCGGUUUGCUGUGCUGGCAGUCUGGACAAUUGCACAGACGUCAAACCUUUUUCAGGAUUGCUCUUUCUACAAUUCAAUGCCUCUUUAUGAAUAUGAGUGGAUUUGUAAAUUGCUGCUUUGGCUCGUCAUCUACUUCCAGGUUGCAUCCGUGAUGUGGAUGUUUAUUGAAGGUGGUUAUCUGUAUAGUCGCUUUACGGUUUUUGCCAUGAGAAGUACCGACUGCCCAUAUUAUGCUUAUCUUCUUUCUGGCUGGGGAAUACCGCUUGUUGUUGUUAUAAGUUGGACCAUUGUGCACCAGCGACGUUCUAGUCAAAAUCAGAAUUCAUUCUGCUGGCUGCCGUAUGCGCAAGGUGCCCAUCUCUGGAUAUUAUCCGGAACCAUGGGCUUGGCAUUAAUUGUUUGUUUUUUAUAUAAAUUUACCAAUAUUUUCUUGUAUUACUAG